UCGUCAAGUUUGUUGUCACGUUUUAAGAGCGAGGAAGGUUCAUGUAUCAUUAUUGUUCUCGGGUCUUAGUGUCACGUGGUGCGUAUGUACUCCACGCGAAUCGAGUCGAAUCGUCAAGUACUUCAGACGAAUCGACUCAAGUCUGUUGUCACGUUUUAGGAACGAGGAAGGUUCAUGUAUCGUUCUUGUUCAGGGGUCUUGACUUCCGGUGGUGCAUAUCGACUCGAAUCGUCAAAUAUCUCAGACGAAUCGACUCAGUUUGGGUGUAUUGGACAUGAUUGGUGAUAUUUUGAUUAUGACGAAAUGCUUUUCCAAUCAAAACAGGGCAAAGACGUUACAUUUCACCUAUUCCUUCACCUAGAGUGAUUUUCAGAUUUUAGCUACUUGUUGUGCAUGUAUUAUUUCCCUCAAGGAUGCCGGAGAAAUAUUGGUCGAGUUCUUUCUUUGUAAGUUUAUGAAGUAAAUCUGUAGGACCAGUAUUUCACGAUACGAGGAGAAUUCGCCACUCGCCACUCGCCACUCGCCACUCGCCACUCGCCACUCGCCACUCGCCACUCAUAACUGAUGAUCCUAACUUGCAGUAACCAGUAUUUGUAUAUUUUUGUCUUUCAGUUAAGAUUUAUGGAGGAUUUCCUGAACGUUGCUUUUUCUCACCAGAAAAUAACUUUCAAUAGAUAUGACUCAGUCUAUUAUCCAUCGUCUCCGGCGUACCUCAAUUUGUACCAGACUAUUGCCAACGAAUACCAAUGGACAUCCAAAGAUACUAUCAAGAACUACAUAAUGUGGCGUGUUGUGGACAACUACGUUAUGUCAAUGCCUUCUCAGUUUGUCCAGGCUAAGCGACAAUUCCAGGAGACGAUAAUUGGAGUGGGAGAGUAUAAAAGGUGGUCUCACUGUCUGGAGAGCAUGAUGAAACCAAUGGGAAUGACUUUAGGAAGAUUGUAUGUGGAUGCGAAUUUUGACGAAUCUACAAAAACAACGGUAAAAGACAUGACUUCUCGACUUCGCAAAGCUUUCAUUGAUAACCUUAAGUCUGCAGACUGGAUGGAUUACGAGACAAAGCAAUCCGCCAAGGAAAAGGCCCGUGCAAUCAAAGAGGAUGUGGGUUACCCUCCCUAUAUCAAAGACGACAGCAAACUUGACACCCAUUACUCAACGUUAAACGCAAGUCAUGAUUAUUUUGAAAACAGCGUGGCAAUGAACAGGAUGAUUGUGCAGAAAAGUUUUGAAGUGCUUCGCGAGCCAGUCAACAAAGAUUUAUGGGCCGAAAGUCCUGCAGAGGUCAAUGGAUAUUACAGUCCACAACAAAACCGAAUAGUAUUUUUGGCUGGAAUCCUGCAAUCUCCAUUUUACAGAAAAGGCUACCCAAAAUAUCUCAACUAUGGAUCAUUGGCAAUGGUUAUUGGACACGAAAUUACACACGGAUUUGACAGCACAGGGCGACUUUUUGAUAAAUAUGGAAAUGUGAAGGAUUGGUGGUCUUUCAGUUCGACGCUGGAUUUUGAGAGAAGAACUGAAUGUCUGGUAAAUCAAUACAACGACUACCAAGUGUUUGGAGAAUAUAUAGAUGGCAAACAAACUUUGAAUGAAAACAUAGCUGAUAAUGGAGGGAUAAAGCUUGCUUAUGAGGCUUAUCAAUCUUGGGUCAAGGACAAUGGAAAAGAGGAACGGUUGCCUGGCCUGGAUUUCAGUGUGGACCAGCUUUUCUUUAUCGGAUAUGCUACGCCAUGGUGUAGCGUCUACAAAAAGCAAGCUGCUCUUUUCCAGUUGAAGAAUGACGUACAUUCAUAUCCAAAAUACAGGUACAUGUAUGAAUCUUUCAACUCUUCAAUGCUACGUUUCGUGGUUAUCAUGUUUGGGACACAUUAGGUUACCAUAGCAUCAAUAUGACCUGUUAAAAUCCCCCUUAAUUUUAGCUUUAAGUACUUAUAUUUCAAAAACGGCACAGUGAAAGUUUUUUAUAUUG